UCGAUGCAAUUUUAUUCAAAAGAAACAGAUAUUAAGAUAAUUAUUUAGAUAAAUAAUUUGAGAGACUCUGCCAAAACACUGUCAGAUUUUGCAAACAUUAGCAAGAUGCUGAAACAUAAUUUCUUAAAGACAUCAUGGUGUAAAUUACGCACGCGGUAUGUACAUAAAAAUGCCUUUCUCUCGGAGGCACCUAAAAGUAAAGAAUGUGAAGUUGCAAAGAUACGUAACAUUGGCAUAUUGGCACAUAUUGAUGCUGGAAAAACAACUACAACUGAAAGGAUGCUAUAUUAUUCGGGUCUUAUCAGAAAUAUGGGAGAAGUUCAUCAUGGUAAUACUGUGACUGAUUAUAUGGAACAGGAACGUCAGCGUGGCAUAACAAUCACUUCAGCUUCUGUUACAUUCAAUUGGAAAGAUUAUCACUUCAAUUUAAUAGAUACUCCUGGUCAUAUUGAUUUUACCAUGGAAGUCGAACAAACUUUGCAGAUAUUAGAUGGUGCGAUUGUAGUCCUAGAUGGUUCUGCUGGUGUAGAAGCCCAGACAUUAACAGUUUCCAGACAAGCAGAUAGAUAUAAUAUACCUCGAAUAAUCUAUGUUAAUAAAAUGGACAGAGCAGAUGCUGAUUUUGAUAUGAGUAUACGAUCUAUUGAAUCUAAAUUAAAUGUCGAAACUUUGCCUACACAGAUCCCUAUAAAGGAGGCAGGAGUUUUAGAAGGUAUUAUAGAUGUGAUAACUAUGGAAAAAUUAACAUUUGAUAAGAAACAUCAGGGUAUAAAUUUAACAAGAACAAAAAUCACCAAGGACAACGAUGGAAAACUAUGGGAUAUUGUUAGUGAGAGACGACGAGUAUUAACUGAUAGACUAUCCGGUCUGGAUGACGAAUUAGCAGACAUUAUUAUAGAACAAGAAUCCCUGGAAAAUGUGCAGCCACAAAUGUUGAUCGAGUCUUUACGCAGAGUCACCAUAAACAGGAAGGGUGUGCCUGUAAUGUUAGGAAGUUCCUAUAAGAAUAUAGGAGUGCAACCUUUGAUGGAUAGCAUUAUUCUUUACCUGCCGUCGCCAACAAGUGUAAAUCAACCGAAUCCGUAUCAAUGUUUUGAAAAUAAUCUGGCAGCCAGAGUCUUCAAAAUUGUUCAUGAUAAGCAGAAGGGCCCAAUCACUUUCUUCAGGAUUUACUCGGGCAAUAUGAAGAGGAAUCAGAAACUGUACAAUAUGAUGCGCGAAAACGAGCAAUGUACUCGCUUGUACGUCGCUUGCGCUGACGAUUAUGAGGAAGUAGCCGAGGUGAGUUACGGUAAUAUCGCAGCUGUGAGUGGGCUGAAGAGCACCAUCACAGGUGACUUAGUGACGACGAAUGUAUCUACAUUUACGUCCAGAAUGAGUUUGCUCGAUCCCGUUUUCUGUUCUAUAGAACCGCCCUCCCUUUCGGCGCAGUCUGCCUUAGAAACCGCUCUUCAGGAACUGCAGAGAGAAGAUCCUAGCUUGCAUGUGAACGAUCCGGAGACAGAACAGACUGUUCUCGGGGGGAUGGGAGAACUGCACAUAGAUAUCAUCAAGCAAAGAAUCAGGACGGAGUACAAAAUCGAUGUAGAUCUCGGUCCCUUACAGAUUGCUUAUAAGGAAACGAUUCAGGAUGCCGUUAGAGAUACACUGUCCAUGGAGCACAAAAUGAAUCAGACGAUGCACAAAGUUACUAUCACUAUGUCUUUAAUUCCGAACUAUGAGGGAAAAGAGAAACUGCUUCUGGACAGGUCUCCAGAAAACGCUUCGAAUAUUGAUAGCAUUCAUCCGCGAGUAAUGAGUGCGAUUAAAAACGGCGUAAAUGCUGCAUUGUUACAUGGUGUGAAAUUAAGUUGUCCGGUGAUUAAUGUUGGCGUCAAGCUGCAUUGGCUGGAAGUAACACGUCAUACCUCGGAUACUAUUAUAUCCGCCGCUGUCUUACAAUGCAUUCAAAAGUUACUCCAAAAUGGAAAUAGUUUGUUACUAGAACCCAUAAUGCAAUUGGAAAUCAUUACAUCGGAAGAGUAUUCCUCACGUAUCAAUGCUGAUCUUACUCGUAGACGAACGACAAUACAACAAAUUGAUAUACGUGGCAAUAAUAAGGUGAUUAGAGUUCUUGCGCCAUUAUCAGAAUUAAUGGGAUACUCAACAACAUUGAGAAUUAUCUCAUCUGGCAAUGCAACAUUCUCAAUGGAAUUUAGUCAUUAUCAAUUAAUGAGUCCAACCGACGAGGAGGAAGCUAUUAAAAAAUCCAAAGGAUUCUAAAAUAAUAUAAACAAUGAAUAAAGUGAUAAUAUUACCGAAAA